AUGAGAGAGAUUGUAGAGAGAGAAAUGGAAGGGGUAGAGAUUUCGUUAAGACCCCCUGUAAACUUCUCCAUGGUCGAUCAUGGUGUCUUUCGCUCUAGUUUCCCAGACAUUACCAAUUUCUCUUUCCUCCAAAUUCUUGGCCUUCGUUCCAUCCUAUACCUUUGCCCAGAGCCCUAUCCCGAAGCUAACCAAGCUUUUCUUGAGUCCCAUGGGAUCAAGCUUUUCCAGUUUGGAAUAGAAGGCCACAAAGAGCCCUUUGAGACCAUUCCUGAGGAAACAGUUCGCAAAGCACUGAAAGUUGUGGUCGAUGUUUCGAACCGGCCACUCUUGAUUCACUGCAAACGUGGAAAGCAUAGAACAGGUUGCGUGGUCGGGUGUUUGAGGAAGUUGCAGAGGUGGUCUUUGGAUUCGGUGUUGGAUGAAUACCUGCGCUUUGCUGCUGCCAAAGCAAGGGCCUCAGAUAUCCAGUUUAUGAAGUUGUUUGAUGUUUCCAGCUUCAAGCAUUGAGUUCCUUCUUGUUCAUGUUUAACGAGAUCAAAGC